UAAAAAUAAAAUUGAACACAAAUGUGCAUCAGACUUAGGUUCUGGUUUAGCAAAGUGCACUAAUCUAUCAAAUUUGACAAUUUUACUUAGUAUUAAUAAAAUUGGUUGUGAAGGUGUAUUAGGUUUAGGUUCACAUUUAGCACUGUGCCCUAAUCUCUCAAAUUUGGCACUUUAUCUCCAUAAUAGUAAAAUUUGUGAUUAAGGUGUAUCAGGAUUAGGUUCUGCUUUGUUAAAGUGUACUAAUCUCACAAAUUUAACACUUGAUCUUGGGUAAAAAGA